GCAAAGAGAGGCUUCUGCACCCUGACCUGCUCUCCCCUCCUUCUCCUCCGCAGUCCUAAUCUGCCGUCUAUCCUCUCGCCACCUCCAUCGCAAUGUUCUCCCGUGCCGUUCGCCCGGCUGUCCGAGCCGGCAGUGCUGCCGUCACCCGCACUGCUCCUCCCAAUGCCGCCAACUUCGCGACUCUGCGUGAGAUUGAGGGCCGCCUCAAGUCCAUCAAGAACAUCGAGAAGAUUACCAACACCAUGAAGAUCGUCGCCUCCACUCGUCUGACCCGCGCUCAGAAGGCCAUGGACGAGUCUCGCGCCUACGGUAAGACUUCCAACACCGUCUUCGAGCAGGCCGAGACCAAGCCUCUGGAGGACUCGAAGACCCUUUUCGUCGUUGCUAGCUCCGACAAGGGUCUUUGCGGUGGUAUUCACUCCGGUCUGACUAAGGCCACUCGCCGUCUCCUGGCCGAAUACCCCAACGCCGAUAUCGUCAUCCUCGGCGAGAAGGCCAAGGCCCAGCUCUCCCGUUUCGCCUCCGACAAGAUCCUCCUGAGCUUCGCCAACGUCUGCAAGGACAUCCCCACCUUUGCCGACGCCCAGGCUGUUGCCGACCAGAUCUCACUGCUGCCCACCGACUACAGCAGCGUCAAGGUCAUCUACAACUCGUUCAUCAACGCUCAGAGCUACGAGGCCACCACCCUUGAGGCCUACUCCGAGGAGGCUAUUACCCAGUCUGCCAACAUCUCCGCUUUCGAGAUUGACGACGAGGCUCUGGCUAGCCUCCGCGAGUACUCUCUUGCCAACAACCUCUUCUGGGCGAUGGCUGAGGGCCACGCCUGCGAGAUUUCUGCUCGUCGCAACGCCAUGGAGAACGCCUCCAAGAACGCUGGUGAGAUGAUCAACAAGUUCCAGAUUCUCUACAACCGUCAGCGUCAAGCCGCCAUUACCGGUGAGCUGGUCGAGAUUAUCACCGGUGCCACCGCCUCCGAGGAUAUGUAAAAGCCUUCCUUGGGCUUUACAUCUACAUGACGAAGUCACCUUCAGUGUAGACUUGUUGAUAUUUAGAUCGACUCUCUGUUUAUGUAAAAUCAGUGUCAAUCCAUUCAGAUUUCAUUUGUACUUGAUAGAGCCGGUUGUCAC